UAUUCAGUUAUUUACGUUCAUCUACGAGUUAAAAAUGGCUGACUAAAGUGAUAUAUCGAGUAUUUUGUGCAAAAAUGUCUUUUUCAACGAUGGAAUUUAUUAAAUCUAACGCUACUAAUGAAUUUAAAUUGAACUGUCUAAAUAUUAAAUCAAUUGUUGGUUUUAAAAUAAAAAGAAAACAACCUACUAGAUUAUUUAGAAAACACAACGCUUGGCACUGUUGUAAUAAACGGCCUUGGUCAUCCAAAAUAGAAGGUACAAGGACAAAAGUUUUCAACGUAUUUUGUUGUUGAUUCAAUAAUAUCAGAAUUAGAUUUAACGUUUAGUAAAAAUGGACAAUCCUCCUGGGAGAUAUUUACCAACAAAUUUCAAUAUUUUUGAUUUUUUUUUUGGAUCUCAACCAACACACUCAUUGGUCUAUAAUUCAAAUCAAAAUUUAAACGAUAAAAAAAUUUCUAAUAAUCUUGAAAAUUCAUAUUUUACUGGCACAACGAUGGUUAAUAAUUUAAUAAAUUCAAGCAAAAUGAAUCUUACCGAGGAUUCUAAACUUGAGUCAGAAAAAAGUAGUUCUGAUGAAAAAAAAAGUAACACUCGUGUUACAGGAAUGAUUGGCGGUGUAAUUGAUGCUUUAACAAACGUCGUAUCUAAAAUAACAAAUUUUACUUCAACGGUAAAUAGAUCCCUGUCUGUAACAGUAGUUCCACAGGAAAGUUUUCCAACAGAGUAUGUCGUAAGACCGCUGACUGAUGGUGAAAAUUUUACCACGGAUGAUUCAGCGCGGAUGAAUACUUCGAAGCGUUAUCAAAAUUACAUCAAAAGAUCGCAUACAAUAGAGGCUUUUAAUAAUUUAUCACAGAGAAUUUCUGAUGAUACUAAUAAUUAUAGUAUGUGGGGUGAUAACGCACAUGACUAUUACUAUCAUCAGCAGAUGAAUGCUUCUCUUUUAUACUCUCAGCACGCUCCUGAUGUACAAUUGGCUAUUGAAGAAAACUUCAAAGUAAAUAAGGAACAGUUUAAGCCAGCUCCUGAUUCCGUUCAACAGAUGGAUAAUAAUCAGCUAAACUCUCAAUAUAUUAAAGAUUUAGCUAUGGCUAUGGAGGAGAGCUUGAAGACCAUCAAGAUUAAUUAUAAACCUCGUGAUUCUGGAUUCACAAAAUCGAAAACAGAAAUGACAACAGUUACUGAUAAUAAUUUAUCUAAAUCAGACGAUGCUAUGAAAUCCGAUAAUGAUUGCGUAGAUUUGUCUGCUGAACAAAUCUUUGAAACGAAAUCUCGUCUACCGAAAAAACGUUCUAAUAAUAGAAACGCGGUUGCUCAGACUCUUGGAAAAAAUAGACGUAGAAUACCAUUGAGAAAAUCUACCACAGGCCAAAUGAAGCAUAGAAAAGAAAAAAGUAAGAAUAUUAUUUAUUCGGCUAUUCAAAAUGAUUUAAAUACCUGGGAGGGUACGGUAGUUGAUUCAUCGGACGAGUUAUGCAGUAUUAUUUCUUCAUCUGACGAAGAUGAAAACAGAGAUGACCAAAAAAAGUGUUCGCUCAAUUUUGAAAAUUAUAUUAUUGUAGAAAAAUGCGGAUUGGGAGACCCACCAAUUGAUAAUAUUAUUGAUACGUCUGCUAUUAAAGAUGUGAUUGAUGAAAAAUUAACGGAGAGCUUUAAUCAUUCCAACAAGCGUGUACCAGAGGAUUGUCAACAAAUCCAUUUACCUGAAAGUCCUGUUAAAUCUCAGGACUGUUUGGUUCAUUUUGAAGAUGAAGAGGAAGAAGAAACUGAUUCAGAAUCAGAGUCCGAAUCAGAAUCAGAAUCAGAGUCAGAAUCAGAAUCAUCUAGCGAAAGCGAAAGCGAAAUUGAUGAUGAUGAAGAUGACAUGGAUAUUAUUUUUGAUAAUGAUGAUGAUGAUGAUGAUAGUGAUAUUGUUUUUGAUCAUGAUGAUGUCGAUGGUUCUCAUCAUUUUUCUGACCAUGACUUUAUUAAAUUUGAAACAGAAAUACCUAGUACAACUAAUAAUUCAACUAAUACAAAGGUACGAUUUAAUCUAGAACCAACUGUUCACACAAUAAUAAAAUGGGACUUUGCAUACCGCGCAGCUCGUAAAGGACCUUGGGAACAGAUGGCUCGCGACAGAGAUCGUUUUCGAACAAGAAUUUGCUCCACCGGUCGAGUUAUUGAACCUGUGCUGGCAAUGAAACAUCGGGACUGUAUUUGGCGAGACCGAUUUGCUGCUACUGAUUAAUCACAUCACAAACAACACAUUCAAAAAUUAGAUUAUAGGAGAAAGAGGAUAAAAGACUAAUAAGACCAAGUCUUGGACUGCGUCUUCGGCUUGGGUGACAAUUAAUUGCUAUUGGUAGCGUUCACCAGUACGUUAUUUAAUGAUUGCGAAAUUUCUGCAUUGUCCUUAUUAGAACCUCAAUCAAUUGGAAUUUAGUUAAUUUUAUGUUAAGUAGCGAUUUUAGUUGUUUAUAAAUUAAUUACUCAAAAUUUCUACAUUAUUUAUUAAAAUAGAUCGAAUUUUAAAUGAAUAAAUUAUCCGUAUGUAAAUUUCAUUUAAAUUAUUAAGUAAUUUUUGUGUUAACUUUUUACUAUUCUCACGAGUUUGUACAUACGAGUCAAGAUACCAAAACAUAUUUACACUAAAAUCAAAGUUUUUAUUUAAAAACAAAAUGUGUAAAUUGUUGUUUGAAAUUAGAAAGUAAUAGUUAAUAUGAUAUUACUAAAUCGGCAAUAAUUAAACAAAGUAUUCAUCUUUUUAAUACGGUUAAUUACUAUCAUAAUUAUGUGGUAUUUUAAAUUAAUUCAUUA